AAACUCAGAACCAGACACUGGCUGGUGUCAAGAGGGUGGCCUCAAAUGUGGUCACGGAUGUAGAGAGAAGAAGAUAGAGAAUUCUCCAUACAAAAAGGGGACAUUCUUUUUAUCCUAUAGUAUAUAUAUAUACAAAAAAGAAGAAAGAAAAAGACAAGCAAAAAAAUAAAAUAGUAGUAUUAAGGUCCGGAAGAGUGGAGAGUGUUUGGUGGGUCAUGUCAUGUCAUAUGGUGUGAGUGAAAGAAAAUUGCUCUUAGUGGCCGUUGUUAGUUUUUGCUCCUUCCAUGAUGUUGAUGUUGAUGUUAUGCUCAAUUAAUGGGAAGCUCUUCUAAGUCGUUCACUGCAGCACCACCCAACAGAUAGCUUUUGGUAGAACAAGUUUUGCAGUUGUUGGAACUGUGGUUUGCCACACUUUCAUAUUGUUUUUCAUGAUUUGCCAGUGUUUUCCAUUGAAUGGUUCUUUGAAGGAUUAAUAUUUGAGGCAUAGGAAGUCAAGAAGGAAAGGAAUAAGCUCCACAAACAGGUUUCAAGAACACAAAGAGCUUAGUCAUGUCUGUGACAUUUUUAUGGUUUGUUUCCUCCCCUGGUUUAGAGGUUUCCCAUUCCACCGGGUUACUUGAUUCUGUUCGGCAUGUGAAGUUCUUAGAUUCUUCAAAGGUCAUGUCUAGGGAUUUUGGGUCGAUUAGAGUGGAGAAGGAUAAGGAAAAGGGAUGGAGAUUGUGCUCUUUGAGUACAGAUAUGAAGUAUGCAUGUGUUGGUCGGUCUGGCUUAGAAAGUGCUAGCAACUUCCCUCUGAUAGCGAAUGUGCUUGCUAACCCAGCAGCAGGAGAAGUGGCUGUUUCAUCAGAGCAGAAGGUCUAUGAUGUGGUGUUGAAGCAGGCAUCUUUGGUUAAGAGGAAGUUGGGCGCUACGGGUGAACUUGAUGCAAAGCCAGAUAUUGCUCUGCCUGGGAAUUUGAGUUUGUUGAAUGAAGCAUAUGACCGUUGUGGAGAAAUUUGUGCUGAAUAUGCGAAAACAUUUUACCUGGGAACUCUCCUAAUGACUCCCGAAAGGCGAAGAGCUAUCUGGGCAAUAUAUGUGUGGUGUAGGAGAACGGAUGAACUUGUUGAUGGCCCUAAUGCUUCACAAAUUACACCAACUGCUUUGGAUAGGUGGGAAUCAAGAUUGGAAGAACUUUUCCAAGGUCGUCCAUUUGAUAUGCUUGAUGCUGCUUUAGCAGAUACAGUUGCCAAAUUUCCUGUUGACAUCCAGCCAUUUAAAGAUAUGAUAGAAGGAAUGAGAUUGGAUCUUAAGAAGCCAAGAUACAAAAACUUUGAUGAACUAUAUCUUUACUGUUACUAUGUUGCUGGGACAGUUGGUAUAAUGAGUGUUCCAAUCAUGGGCAUUUCACCAAAUUCAGAAGCCACAACAGAGAGUGUAUACAAUGCUGCCUUGGCCCUAGGAAUUGCAAAUCAGCUAACCAACAUACUCAGAGAUGUUGGAGAGGAUGCUAGCAGAGGAAGAGUGUAUCUUCCACAAGAUGAGUUGGCUCAAGCAGGGCUUUCAGAUGAAGACAUAUUUGCUGGUAAGGUGACAGACAAGUGGAGGAACUUCAUGAAGAGCCAAAUCAAAAGGGCAAGAAUGUUUUUUGAUGAGGCAGAAAAGGGAGUGACCGAGCUUAAUGAAGCUAGCAGAUGGCCGGUAUGGGCAUCUUUGUUAUUGUAUCGCCAAAUAUUGGAUGAGAUAGAAGCUAAUGAUUACAACAAUUUCACCAGGAGGGCUUAUGUGAGCAAAGCCAAGAAGUUUCUUUCCUUGCCAGCUGCUUAUGCUAGAUCUAUAGUUCCUCCAUCAAGAAAGUUAUCUCCUGUAAUGAAGACAUAAAUCCAACGCUAUAUAGCGUUGUGUAGAAUAAUGGAUAGAGGACCACAAAAAAUGGAAAGGCACAACUUGUAUAUGAUAAAAUAAGGCGUAAUUUUGGUCAUUAUUGGAUUUUGAUAUUCAUAAUUUUUCCUUUUUAUAUAAAAAAAGUUUGGACUAAUAUAUUGUUAGUUUAGAGUU